UGUGUGCUUGCAUCUCUCUCGCUCGCUCUCUCUCUCUUGUGACCCGUGGUCGUACAUCACUUUCAACACAUAUCAAGGCAGACCAGCAGAACAGGUUAUAAAGAGCAAACAGAAGAGGGAGGGGAGAGAGACAGAGGUAGACAGAGGGAGAGAGAGAGACAGAGAGAGAGAAAGAGGCCAGCGAGAAAGACUUUGCCAGAGAAAGGCAUAAAGGCAUCGGAGUAAAAGAGAAAGGGAAGCUCGUCUCUGUGUGUGUGUCUUUGUGAAGACAGCUGCAAAAGGAACAUGCUGUGGAGUUUGUUGGCAGUGACGGUGGUUUCAGCAGCUGUCCUGUACGUCCUCUAUCGUGGGUUCAUCCCUGCAGCUGUGCGGAGCAGUGGCUGGCUCGCACUCCUCUGGCACGAUGUCAUCCUUGAGCGGCUCCUUAACAUCGUGACGGGAUCAUCGCGACCUCAGCGCAUGCUGAAAGCCGUUCAGAAGAACGCCACAAAAGGAGACCCUAAGAGCGUCAUCUCAGCCAUCGAUUAUUACUGCCGGCACAAAGAAUGGGCCAUGAACGUGGGCGAUGAAAAAGGGCUCAUACUGGAUUCGGUGUUGACGGAGGUAAACCCCAGCACGGCUCUGGAGCUCGGCACAUACUGCGGCUACUCCACUGUUCGGAUCGCUCGACUGCUGUCCCCUGGCUCCAAACUCAUUACUAUCGAAUUCAACCCAGCCUUUGCCGCAGUUGCUCGUCAGAUCAUCGCCUACGCCGGCCUUCAGGACAAGGUUACACUAGUGGAGGGACCCUCUGGUGAUUUAAUCCCCAAAAUGAAGGAACGAUUUGGAAUAAAAUCCUUUGAUUUUGUGUUUCUGGACCACUGGAAAGAUCGUUACGUACCAGACACUAAACUUCUCGAGGACUGUGGUCUACUCAGGAAAGGCACUGUCCUGUUGGCUGACAACGUCAUUUGUCCCGGGGCCCCGGAAUAUUUGAAAUAUGUGAGGAACAGCCCACGCUAUGAAAGCCAAUACUACAAAUCCAACCUGGAGUACACCAAAGUCGAAGAUGGCCUGGAGAAAUCUGUCUUCUUAGGAUGAGAAAGGUCUUAUUUUACAAGCAGAUGUACAUGAGAACAGGGUUGCACAAAGGGAAAAAGAGCAAGCCACUUCCUCUAAAAUACCCAGUGAGUCUUGUGAUGCCGUCUACUAAACCAGACAAACUGAUGUUUGUUUUUGUCUUUAAAACCCACUUACCAUUAUGUAAUGUAAAUUUCUGCUGAGCUAUGACUUAAGAUGUUUUACAACACGACCUACUGAUAUAUUGGAUUGGAUUUUUCAGGAGAGUGAUUGUAUUGUUGAUAAAGCUAUAAAAUUAA